AUGGCGUUCAAUCCUCAGCUGUCCCUCAUGACUGCGAGAGCAUCAGUGUUCACCAACAAUAUUUGUCCUGAACCUCGGGAUUAUCCUCGAAGGUUCACCUACUGUCCAGAGGCAGUGCGAACCUUCUAUGCUUACAUGCGGCAAAACAAUGGCCAUGGUACACCUACUGUGACCACUACGGUGUAUGGUCACACCGUCACCAUCACCGUGGAGCUCCUGUCCCAGAAGUUGCACAUGUCCACCGAAGGCCGGGAGGUAAUGAGUGAGAAUGAUUUUUAUCGGUAUCACUUCAGUCCUCGAGUUGCUAUCUCACGUUUAUCCUCAAUAGAGACCUUUGGAACUAACUCUACAAAUAUAAGUUGUCUUCCUGAUGAGCUGAAGGUGCUGCACUUUUACAUCACCCGGUUUUUCCUCCCUCGCACUGUCGAUCGAUCGACGGUCACUCCUCUCGAUCUCUGGAUCAUGUCCAACGCUGUCUCGUACCAGAAGCUGAGCUAUCCACAUCUUAUGUUCCAUCAUAUGAUGGUCUACAGCAAUCAUCGCAACGGAGGGUACCUUCCUUUUGCUCCCCAGAUCUCUCGAUUCCUCCGCUGUCUUGGGAUCGACCUUGAGGACAAGGCCUCCUCUGUUAACGUGCUUGACACACUUCGUUCACAACACGUUCUUCGACGUGUUGAUGCAUCCGUUGGUGUUCGCAAGCUUCGGAGUGCUCAAGGGGGAGAAAGGGCUGAAGAAGUUCGCAACACCGAAGCUGACCUCGCUGCUGUUAGCAAAUGUUUGGAAGGAAUAACAAAAGAUACCGGAAAAAGGAAGCUGAUGGACAGAAGCAAGGAGGAACCACUUCGUCCAACCACGGAAGGAAAAAGCAUUCGAGUCAUGUCCACCAUCAAGAAUGCAGCAGCUAAAAAGGCAGAAGAAUCUUUGGAGCCAGAGGAGUUUGAAGAACCGGAAGAAGCUGAAGAGGAUGGAGGGGAUAAGGCCUCUCGGGCUGAUAAUUUUUCUCAUCCUUCCGAUGGGGAAAUUUCAGAAUAUGAGUCUGAUCCAGAGUAUGAUUUUUAG